CAGCAGAGAACGCGAUCAACCCGGCGGAAAAAGGGGAGCUGAGCGUCUUGGCAGUGUGGGCUGUUAGACACUGCAGCGUCCGGAAAAAGGAGAGACGACGAGACAACGAGACGAGAAGUUGAAACGGGACCAUGGUGCAGCACACAGACAACAGCGAGACGGACGGGAGCAUGUCCAGGGAGGCUACAGACUCGGAGGAGAGUGAAUUUAUGGCGUGCAGCCCCGUACCGAUAAACCCGGACUGGUGCAAGACGGCAACCGGUCACAUCAAGCGACCUAUGAACGCAUUUAUGGUUUGGUCUAAGAUCGAGAGAAGAAAAAUCAUGGAGCAGUCACCGGACAUGCACAACGCGGAGAUUUCCAAACGCCUGGGGAAGCGGUGGAAGAUGCUGAAGGACAGCGAGAAGAUCCCGUUUAUCAGAGAAGCCGAGAGGCUGCGGCUAAAACACAUGGCAGACUACCCCGACUACAAGUACAGACCCAAGAAAAAACCAAAGCUCGACAGUACGAAAUCAUCAGCGCCGUCUCCGGAGAAAUGCGGCAAAAUGGCAAAGACUCCCAGCAAGAAGUGCUCCAAGAUCAAGAACAAGAGCGGCUCCAAGUCGUCGCACGGCUACGCGGAGGACUGCGUGUUUCCGAGCCUGAAAGUUACCAAGACUGUCAAAAGUGAACUCACCGACGACGACGACGACGACGAGUACGAGGAGGACUAUCGGAUGAGGAUUAAGCAGGAGGACGAGGAGCGCGUGCGGCCGUAUAACGUGGCGAAAGUUCCGGCGAGUCCCACUUUGAGCUCCUCGGCCGAGUCCGAGGGCACGAGCAUGUACGAAGAGGUGCGGAGCGCGGCGCCGAACAACAGACUCUUUUAUAAUUUCAAAAACAUUACCAAGCAGAGCACAAUGUACCCUGCUUCCGUUUCACCAGCAUCUUCUAGGUCAGUCUCCACGUCUUCCAGCUCCAGCGAGGAUGCGGACGAUUUGCUUUUUGACUUUAGCUUAAAUUUCGCCCCCAACGCUCAAGGUGCGGAGCUGGGCAACCCAAAUUCAGGAAAUCUCUCCCUCUCUCUUGUGGAUAAGGACUUGGACUCUUUCAGUGAGGGCAGUCUGGGCUCUCACUUUGAAUUUCCAGACUAUUGCACACCAGAGCUCAGUGAAAUGAUAGCGGGAGACUGGUUGGAGGCGAACUUUUCUGACUUGGUGUUCACUUACUAA